AUGGCUGCCUUGAACCCUCCCCUCAGCCCUCCCCUCAACAGCGCUCGGCUUUCCGCGCCCAGCAGUUACCAGUCGCCACCCGGAGGCCCAACCCAAGCGUCCGACCCACUUGGAGGCGGGGAGAUGAAGCGGCGGCGCGGCGCGGCUCCGCCUCUCCCGCCAACGCGCGAUACUUGUACGCGGUCCUCAGGGGCCGGACGAUACCACCGCGAACGGAGCGGGGGGGGGCCGUCGGGGAGCGGAGUCCGCGCGCGCGGAGGCGUCGAUUAUUGGCCUGCCGCUUUCAUGGUUUCUUUUGAGCUAAAGAUGUCUGAGCCGAGAGCGGGCUCAGAAAACAUAAUACGUAAAGGAGAAAAGCCCAAAGGACGAAGUGACGGAACUCUGCCUAGCUCAGUUUGGUCUAGUCCUCUGGUGACGUCACGAGGCGGGCUUUCGGCGCAGCCUCGAACUUUCCUUGGACGGGGUGGGGGAGGGGAGGGCGGCUGCCGGCAAACUGCCUGUCUAAAGGAGCGCUGUGAGACCUUAUUUCAUAACAAAACAAAAAAUGAUCUUUCGAAGCCGGCACUCCGUCAGGGACCAGCCAAGUUCAGCUUGAGCACCAAGAUCGUGAAGUCCAAUGGUGAGAAGCCGGACAAGUUCGAGUCUGGCAUCUCCCAGGCGCUGCUCGAGCUGGAGAUGAACUCCGAUCUCAAGGCGCAGCUGUGGGAACUGGGGAAAGCUAUCAUAAUUUUUGUACCAGUUCCCCAGCUGAAGUCUUUUCAGAAAAUCCAAGUCUGGCUGGUUUGUGAAUUGGAGAAAAAGUUCAGUGGGAAGCACGUGGUCUACAUUGCUCAGAGGAGGAUUCUGCCCAAGCCAACUCGGAAAAGCCGCAUGAAAAAUAAGCAGAAGCGCCCCAGAAGCCACAGCCUCACUGCAGUGCACGAUGCCAUCCUCGAGGACUUGGUCUUCCCAAGUGAGAUUGUGGGGAAGAGGAUCCGCGUGAAACUGGAUGGCAGCCGGCUCAUAAAGGUUCAUUUAGACAAAGCCCAGCAGAACAACGUGGAGCACAAGGUUGAAACUUUUUCUGGUGUGUAUAAGAAGCUCCCAGGCAAAGAUGUUAAUUUUGAAUUCCCGGAGUUUCAGUUGUGAAGAAAAUGACUGAA